UCUCGGUGCUCUUCUAGGUUUGCAGAUUCGCCAUGUCGCCGCUCGGCUUCUCCCUCUUCCGCAAGGGCAAGCUAUCGGAGCCAGAGCCGAGGCCCACGGUGCCGUCCAGCGGGUACCACCUGAUCGCGCUCGACAGCUACUCGGACACCAAGCGCAUCCCCACCGGCGAGAGCAUCGAUUCAGCCCCCUUCACCAUCGGCGGAUACCGCUGGGUUUUCAAGUACUACCCCAACGGCUCCUGCAAGAACACCUCCGAUUUCAUAUCCAUUCACGCUGAACUCUCCCUUGAUCAGAAAGUUGCACAGCCCGUGAAGGUGGUGCUCAGGUUCAGCUCCACGCUCUCACUUUCCGAAGCAGUGCGGCCCACGCCCAUCGGCCAAGGGGAAAGGUUUGUCUUUUCCAGCGGUUGUACGGUUUUGGCAUUCGACAGGCUCAUCAGAAGAAGGGACUUUGAGAAAGAACAUCUUAAUGGCGACCUUUCCAUCAUACGUUGCGACAUCAACGUAGCCGCGGACAGCAGCGUCGCAGCUCCGCUUCUUGAAAACGUGCCACCAUCCGACAUAAAAGAGCAUAUCGCCCGUCUCUUGUCGAGCAAGGAGGGUGCUGACGUGACAUUCGAGGUUGGCGGCGAGAUGCUUGUCGCGCACCGUUGUAUACUCGCUGCCCGAUCUGCUAUCUUCAAGGCAGAGCUCUUUGGCCCCAUGAAGGAGGGGGCUACUGCAAAUGUCAUACGGAUACAAGACAUGGAAGCAAAAGUGUUUAGAGCCUUGCUCAGUUUCAUCUACACCGACUCAUUACCCAAGAUGGACAUAGAUAGCAUGGACGAAGGAGAGGUAGAAGAGCAAGGCAAAGGAGAAGAAGCAAUGUGGCUGCAGUCGUUGCUUGCAGCAGCAGAUAGAUAUGACAUCCGCAGGAUGAAAUUGCUAUGUCAAAACAAGCUGCAGUAGUGCAUUGACGUGGGCACGGUGGCUGAUAUUCUUGGUCUAGCGGACCAGCACUAUUGCCCUGCGUUGAAGGAGGCAUGCUUGGAGUUCCUCAAAAUUCCUAGGAAUUUAGAGAAAGUAUUGAUGGUUGAUGGCUUAGACCAUAUAGUUCAAACCUGCCCCUCUCUUGUCAAGGAACUCCUGUCCAAGUUUGCUUCCUAAGUAAGUCCUUACAUUUCUUGAGGUCAAAAGUGUAUUUCUUCAGGUCAAUCCACGUUGUGAGGUAUGCUGGAAGUGAUUCCUUAUUGUCCUGCACUUGUACUUUCGUUUUUUGUCAGAUGAUGUGCCUACAUCUCCAGCAGAAGAAAGAUUCUCUUAAUUGCAUAAAUUAUGUCCUUUUGUCUUUGUGAAGAUACCUACUGAUAAGAAGUACAACGAAGGUGAUCUUUAUCUGUAAUGCCUGAGGCUACUACUGAAUUGCUGAUGUCUUGCUCAGACUUUGUAAAUCAACCUGAGGACAAUAUAAUCCAGAUGCUGUUUAUACUUAUCUCCGUACGAGGUUUAUUGCUAAA